GCAUUACGAAGAUAAUUGAACGGGUAUGAGGUAAAGUUUUCUUUCCUUUUCCUUGUUACUAACCAAAAAUAAAAACCCGUGUAUUUCUCAGAGCACCGCCGCUGCUAAAGCACUUGCGCCGCUGUCCAUCCGUCUAACUCAAAGCAACGUCUCCCCACUUAGAAAAACGACAAUCAUCUGCAUUUCAUAAGCGAUUUCAAAACUUCAGCGUGCCUCUUCCACUAACACCACUGAGUUAGAACUCGAAGAAUGGACGAUGAAAUGGAGAAAGAAAUUAUUUCAGAUACCAAAGAAGCAGAAACCGCGUUACAGAAAAAGCACUUAUCAAUGCUAGACCGUCUCUCCAAACGCCAACAAUCCCGUUCAACCACCUCCACCGAACCUUCCACCGAUUCAACUUCAUCCUUCCUCUCCCGUUUUUCCCAACUAAAAUCCUCCAUCGAGUCUCAUCUCGCCGAGUCCCAAUCGAUUUCCUCCGAUCCAUCUCAGCUCAAACCGCACUUCGAUAAAAUCUCCGAAUCAAUCUCCGAUUUGGAAAAACUCGUCGCUGAAAGCUCCUAUUUCCUUCCGUCUUACGACGUUCGAUCUUCCCUCAAAGCCGUUUCCGAUUUGAAACGCAGCCUUGAUAGUCUCAGCUCCGAGCUUAUACCUAAAAAGAAAUUCUCGUUCAAGAAUAAGGCUAAGACUAGUAAGAAAGAUCAAGAUUCAGUUGUUACAGAAUCCAAACCGGUUCGUGAUUCUGUUCAACCGAGCUAUGUGGCGCGUGAUUCUCCAGGGUUUAGGAACAAAACCGGUGAGGUUUUGGUUGGGGAGUUUAAAGAUUCGGAGAUUGGAGAAUUCACGAUUUCGGAUCUUGAUUCUUGUGAAGUGAGAAUAAUUGGUUGCAUUAGAGCGCUUUUCAUUCAUAGAUUGAAGAAUUGUAGAGUUUAUGUUGGCCCAGUGACGGGGUCGAUUCUGAUUGAAGAAGCUGAGGGAUGUGUUUUUGCUAUUGCGUCACAUCAGAUUCGGAUUCAUGGUGCCAGGAGAAGUGAUUUCUAUCUUAGGGUUAGGAGCAGGCCGAUAGUUGAGGAUUGUAAUGAUGUGAGAUUUGCGCCGUAUUGUUUGAGUUAUGGAGGGAUUGAAGAAGAUCUCCGCGGUGCUGAUCUUGAUGCUGAGACGGGAAACUGGGCCAAUGUGGAUGAUUUCCGAUGGUUGCGUGCUGUGCAGAGUCCGAAUUGGUCGAUUUUGCCAGAGAAUGAGAGGGUUGGGAUUGUUGAUAUAUCUAAUUUGGAAAGUAUGAAGGAGGAAAUUUGAUUUGAGUUGUAGAGCUAGUGUUUUCAAGAUUGUUUAUUUUCAUUUUAUCAGUUUAUUAAUAUUAUAACUGUGAGAGCCAUUUCAUUCUACUUCCUUAUAGGAAUGCUCUUAUCGGAUUUUUGAUGUUGAGAUUAAUGUGAUUUUUGAAAUACAAAUGGUUUUGGAUAUAUUUCACUUUUAUUGUUAUUUAUUUUUGCCAAGGAAACUGGGUAUUUAUGUUAGUCUGCAUUUGUGGCAAUCACUGGAUUUGCCAAGGAAAUGCCAAAUACUGAAGAGUGGAAACACAAUUUAUUGCUUUUGGGGCUUGAGUAUGAUAAACUUUUGUUUUGGUAUGAUAGUGUUAGAUAAGAAAAUUCAAAUCAUAACUAAUGUAUUGUGCAUAUGAUUAUUUAAGUUAUCACUUUCUAAUAUCCUGUUGGAAUGUUGGUGAAUCCAAUAUAACAGUACCAAUUUUUGGACCUAAAGAUACAUGACUGGUCAACUUUUGUACUCAAAAUUGUCAUUCUCUCUUAGACUAUUGUACAUGAAACUUGUGGUAUACUUUUAUUGGUGUGGUUCUUAAUUGUGUUUGUUAUUUAGGAAGUAGGUAGGUCCUUUGCUCAAUGACAUGUCCUGGUUCUGGUUCCAUUACUGGCAUUAACAAUAGUGUGAAGCCAGUAAUUAUUCAUAUUGCAGCUGGCUUUAUGAUAUCUUCAAUAUAUUUGGUCAUGCAGAAUUAUAUGAUUCAUAUGAUUUCAUGUUUUUAGCAUCACAGCAUUGGUAGUUUACUGUUCCAUCUAAUCAUGGUUAAGUGUUGCUAAAUACUGGUACAGUGCAGUGAAGUGUAAUGGAGAUUCUAUGAGAAGCCAAAUCUGUUGCAGCCAUAACAGGCAUUAGUUCUGGUGUAGAAUUUGAUGGAUAUUACAUUAGAGUGUGCAAGGACGCAUCUUAGGUUUUCUAUGGCUCCAUUGGAGGUGAAGGACUUCCAUAUAUUUGGAAUUCCCCAUCUUAAGAUCUGGAGGCUAGUUAUACAUUAAUGUAUGGUUUGGAAGGUUUAAGUCAACUUUUUGCUUUCGAUUUAUUUGUAAUGGUGACAUGACUUUAAGUUGGUAGUUUUUCUUUAGUUCUUGCAAGUAUAUGGAGUCUUAAGUCUUGACAGGUUAUUGGAUUUGUUUGGCAGUAAUGAUAAUGACAUGUUCUGUUAUGAUUGCAUUACAGGGUCGGAUUUAUCAUUGAUUUUCUAUCUAAGUUGAGUUUAUGUAUGAGUGGAGCUGGGGUAAUUGUGUCUCGCAACCACAACAGCUAAGAGCCUGCUCGGAAUCAUACAUUUCACCAAAGAGAUGGCAUCAAUGUUCCUGUCAUGCGUUAUAUUUUUUUCAAUAUUGAUGAGAUUUAAUUUUUAUUGUGUGGUCUAUAUGGUCUUACUUUUUUUUUUUUCUCUGACAAAUUUUUGUUUUAUGGGAUACUUAAAAUUUUGGAAUUUAGGAGCAGCAUAUCUGUGUAUUAAGUGCAUGUUUGGAUUGGCUUCUACAAACCUCAAAA